CCCCUCCAAACCCGGCGUCCCUUUCAGAGACCUUCUUCUUCUGCUCAGGGUGACGAUGCGCCUCGUGCUCCGACCCUGAGCGGCUCCAGCAGACCCCUGCGCCUUUGCUUGCGGGACCCAGUGACCAUGCUGACCGAGCGUCCGACAGCAGAGAGAUCAGAGCCACCGCCCACGCUCCGGCCCGCCGUAUCAUGUCCCAGCAGCUCGGCAACGGUUCCCACGCAGGCGAGCCGCCCGAGGCCCCGCUGAGGUGGGCCGCGCUGCUCAUCGUCCUGGUCAUCGUCCCGACCAUCGGAGGAAACAUCCUGGUCAUCCUGGCCGUGUCGCUCGAGAGGAAGCUGCAGAACGCCACCAACUACUUCCUGAUGUCGCUCGCCGUCGCCGAUCUGCUGGUGGGAGUCCUGGUGAUGCCCAUCGCACUCGUCACGAUCCUUUACAACUCUAGGUGGCCCCUGCCGGAUUUCCUCUGCCCCAUCUGGCUCUUCCUAGAUGUGCUCUUUUCUACGGCGUCCAUCAUGCACCUCUGCGCCAUCUCCUUGGAUCGCUACAUCGCCAUCAAGAGGCCCAUCCAACACAGCCAGUACAAAUCCAGAGCCAAAGCGCUGGCCAAGAUCGCACUCGUUUGGCUCAUAUCGAUCGGUAUCGCGAUCCCAAUCCCAAUAAAGGGGCUGAGGAACCUUCACAACAACAUCACCUUCAACGGCAACCACACGUGCCUGCUGAAACCAGACACCUUCUCAGAGUUCAUCAUCUUCGGCUCCCUGACGGCGUUCUUCAUCCCUCUGACCAUCAUGAUGAUCAUCUACCUGCUCACCGUGCAAGUGCUGCGCAAGAAGGUCUACCUGCUGCGGUCCAAGGUGUCCCAGCGCUUCAGCUCCUCGCCCAUCUCCACGGUUUUCCAAAGCGACCCGGCCUUGGCUUCGCCUCAGGCCGAGCAAACGAACAUGCUGGACGUCCGGCUCUCCCGGCUCCAGGACAAGCCGAGCGCGGGGACGAUGGGCGCUCCCACGGAGAAGGAAAUAUCCUUCCGCAGGAUGUCGACGAUGGGCAAGAAGUCCAUGCAGACCUUGAGCAACGAGCAGCGCGCCUCCAAGGUGCUGGGCAUCGUCUUCCUGCUGUUUGUCGUCAUGUGGUGCCCGUUUUUCAUAACAAACAUCACCUCCGCCCUGUGCUCCGGCUGCGUGGAGACGGUCGUUUCCCGCCUGAUGGAGAUCUUCGUGUGGGUCGGUUACGUGUCGUCGGGGAUUAACCCCCUGGUCUACACGCUUUUCAAUAAGACCUUCAGGGAGGCGUUCGCGCGUUACAUCACCUGCGACUACAAGAGCUGCACCACCAGAGACAGGCAGGGGCGGCAGCUCGGCCCGAGCACCGCCGACUGGACCCUCACCAGCCUCUCGUUUAAAUCCUCCGUGGCCGAGAACUCCAAGCUGUUCAUGAAGCGGGGAAUGAGGAACGGCAUCGGACGAGUGAGCUACCAGAGUCCUCUGCGGUGCCAGCAGGCGACGCAGCCACCAGGGGGCGUCCUGCUGAACACCAUCCUCUUGGCUGAGAACGAGGACUUCAGGCAGGAAGAGCACGUAAGCUGCGUAUAAAUGCAAAGACGAACUCUUUAAAACACGACACGGUUUUACGGUGCGUGUUCGAUCUCAAAGGGCCGCCUGUAAGGAACGCUGCACGGUGACGAGGAAACAAAACCUACGGUGCCUCGCAGGAAGGGGUUCCUACACCCUUUGACGUUUCGUCAUGUUACAACCACAAACUUUAAAAGGUGUUUUAUUUGGAUAUCAUAUAAGCGACCAUCUCAAAGGGUAGUUAUAAAGCGACAGGAAGGAUAUUUGAAAGUGUUUUACAAAUAAAAACCUGUAAAAAAAAAAAAAAAGAAUCUGGACUUGUUUAAGCCUGAAAAUGCUUUGCUGUAAACCAACUGCGGCUCCGGCUGCAUGUUUAGAGUGGUUCUGCUGGAAAGUGAACGUGAAAAACUCGAAUCUUUUUCAGCCUCUAAAUUGCUUUCCUCCAGAAUUAUCCCAUUAUUUAGCUCCAUCUACCGUCAAAUCAACUUUCCCCUUCCUGCUAUAGAAUCGUCCCUGACGUAUAGGAGUAGCACCAUCAAGUUUCACCCCAAAAGAUGGGGUGGUUUCAGGGUGAUCUACAGUCUUAGUUUUUUUCUUACAGUGUCCUGCAUAUGUAGGCCUAAAAGUUCAACAUUGGUCUCAUUUGAUCAGAGCAUCUGUUUCCACAGGGCUGUGUUGUGUCCCCUACAUGGUUUGAAGCAAACUUCAAACGGGACAUUUUAUGGUUUUCUUCUUCAUCCUGGGUCAAAAGGUCAGAUUUAUGGUGUAUAAGAGCAACAGAUGAGCUGUCGAUAUCUGUAGCUCCUCCAGAGUAACCAUAAGACUAACGUUAAGCUUUGGUAAUACUGCAGCUGUGACUUCU